GUGUUUGGUGUGUGUGUGUGUGUGUGUGUGUGUGUGUGUGUGUGUGUGUGUGUGUGUGUGUGUGUGUGUGUGUGUGUGUGUGUGUGUGUGUGUGUGUGUGUGUGUGUGUGUGUGUGUGUGUGGAGCGGGGGGAUUUGGGGGUGGCAGUCAUGGCGGACGGUGGAGUUAGGAGAGGGAAGCGGAAAGCGGGGCUCCCGGGGCUGUGCUGGAAGACCUGCUACUUCCACCUCCUCUUCUGGGUAGUGUGCGUCUCCGGGGACGACAAGACGCUCAUCGUCGAGACAUGGCUGAAGAACUACGGCUAUCUGCUCCCUCUGGACAUUCGUACGUCAGACCUGCGGCAGGAGAAGGCCAUGCAGUCUGCGGUCGCGGCCAUGCAGCGUUUCUACGGCAUCCCUGUCACCGGACAGCUGGACCACACCACCUUAGAGUGGAUGAGGCGGCCUCGUUGUGGUGUACCCGACCACCCUCGGACCAGCCGGCGCCAGAGGAACAAGCGCUACGCCUUAACGGGUCAGAAGUGGAGGGACAAGAAGAUCUCAUACAGUAUAUCUAACUUCACCCCUAAGGUGGGGGAGAAGGACACCCAGAGGGCGAUCCGGCAGGCCUUUGAUGUGUGGCAGACGGUGACUCCCCUCACCUUCCAGGAGGUUCCCUACGCCGACAUCAAGAAUGAGAUCAAGGAGGCCGACAUCAUGAUCUUCUUCGCCUCCGGUUUCCACGGGGACAGCUCGCCCUUCGACGGCGAGGGGGGGUUCCUGGCCCACGCCUACUUCCCGGGCCCCGGCAUUGGGGGGGACACCCACUUCGACUCCGACGAACCCUGGACCCUGGGCAACGCCAACCACGACGGUGAGUCGCCCAGACGCCCAGGGCCGGAGGAGGGUGGGGCUUAUUGAGAGGGUUAAAUACAUGUGAA